AUGGACCUCCUCGGCGGGGAGCCCGGGUGGGAGGUCGCGGGGGGAGUCGAAGCCGCGCCGGAGGGCUCGGUGCUGGCACUGGCCCUGUGCUCUGGUGGCCAUCUGUGCGCCGUGGUCCGCGAGGCCGGCGACUUCCAGCUCCGCCUCUGGCGCGCCGACCACACGCUCGUCGCGUCAGGCAGCUUGAACGCCCCGCGCGACGGCCGGCGGUGCUCGCGGUGGCUCGGACGGCUCGCCGAGUGCGCGCCCUUCGCCGCGGUGUCGCGCCUGCACGAGCCCGCCUGGAGCGCACGCGCCGGCGCCACGCGCCUCCUCAUCGCGCUCCCGUCGGGACUCCUACCCGACAACACCCCCCCGGAGAUGUCCCCCGCGCCGGGCGUCGCCGACGCCGUCGUCGCCGCCGCCGUCGCCUGGCCCGAGCCCGAAAAGGACCCAGCCAGCGCCCCGCGGCCCGGAACGAUCGCCGGCAUGCUCAGCCAGCGCGCACGCGCCAAAGCCAGCGGCAACACGCCGUCGCCGGGCGCCGGCCGCUCCGGACCGCCAGAGCUCCUCUGCGCCGUCUCGGCGCCCCACGAGGCCCCAGGGACCAUCCUCGCGGGCGGCGCGGGCGGCGUCCUGCUCGCGGUGUCGCCGUCCGCGUCCGGCACGGCCCUGCGUAACAUCGCGUGGCGACACCGCGUGUUGCCCCGCGCGGAGUUCCGGUCGAUCGCGCUGCCCGACGUCGUGCGGCUCGAGGUCGUGGCGGCGCGGCCGCGGCUCGUCGCCGGCGUGUCGUCGAACGGGAGUGUCGCGGUGUGGGACACGGCGGGCGGCGGGCAGCUGCUGUGCGGGGUGUGCGAACACGACUUGUGCGUGCUGUCGAUCCAGCUGUGCCACCUGCGCGACGACGCGGCGCUGCCGGCCGUGGGGAUGGUGCUCACGCGCCCGCGCACGGCGUCGGCGGGGGGGUUCGGGGGCGGCGGCGCGGGGGGGUGUUUCGGCUCGGAACGGCAGGGGGUGGGGGGUCUGGAGGAUCCGGCGGCGCACAGGCGGAGGUUGUCGGCGUACAAGGUGCUGGUGACGGAGCCGGACGCGGCGGGGCGGCAGAUGCACUUCGGCGUCGAGCUUCCUACGCGGGGGGUGUGUAGCUGCGCGUGGGGGCUGGGCAUGGGGGUGUUUGGGUUCUCGUCGGGCCACGUGGUGAUGUGGGACGUCGUGAGUGGGGAGGCGGUCGCGGCGGUGGAGGUUCCGCGCCGCGCCGACCAGGGGGACUCUGGCGCACACCCCCGGGAGCGUGUCGUGCAGGUCGGGCUGCGGCCGGGGCGGCGCGGGGGCAUCGAGGUGAUGUGGCGCGGGAGCGAGGGCGGCGGCGGAACGUUCGUGCUGUCGCAGACCCCCGUCACGCGGUGCCCGGGCGAGGACUCCCCCGGGGCCCUGUGCGAGGUGGCGGGCGCUGGCGUGGCGGGGCGGGGCGAGGUGGGCGCCCUAGCGUAG